GGGGGGCUGAAAAGGGUUGCACAGCUCUGUAACCAAGUUGAGGUUACUGGAGUCAGACACAGAAAGCUGGACAAUCCGAGCAUGAAUGUGGCGGCGUGUAGCGCUCUGCUCCGGGUGUGCAGACAGGGCAGUAAAGGCUGCCCCCCUUGGGUAUGGAGACGAGAGAGCCACUGGCAGACCCCUCUGCUUGGACUGCGCACCAAUCUUCCCAUGAGAGCAGAACCUAAAAAGAAGAAAAAAGUUGAUCCUAAACGAGAUCAAAUUGCAAGAGAACGACUGAAGAAGAAACUGAAAAAGCUUGAACGUAUUCCAGCAGAAUUUAUUCCAAUCGAGGACUUCAUUCCAUCUACAAAGCUCAUGGAAGAAAGCAGGAUUCGGUCAACCCCAAGACUGUCUGUAGAAGAACAGGAGAGACGAGCACUACUGAUCAAGCAGUGGGCACGGGUCAAGAAGGAAGAACAUGAAGUGGAGCAGAGGAGUAUUGAAACUCUUCUGGAAGCUCAAAGAAAAGCUCUGGAUGAGUUACGCUUCGAGUCGGAGGAGCUUUAUCAAGCAGCAGUGCGCUGUGACCCAGACUUGUUUCCCAUGACAAAUCAGGGACCUUACAACACCGCACCUAUAGCAAAAUACAAUCCUCCCGAUGGGAAAUACAAUGACAUUACCAAGGUGUAUGUACAACAGUGAGAUGGACAGCGGUGCUCUGUAAUCGUUUUCUGGAAUAUUU